AUGAGUGUAUUCGAGCAAGAACUACUCAGAACAAAGCUAUCAAGAUCACAGCAUACAAAAGAUCAGGAACAAAUAAAAGAUCUUGAACAAUCAAUUUCAACGUUAAAGAAGAACUUACACAGAACAGAGCAUGAGUUGGAAAUAAUGCAAUCUAAGUAUGAAUACAGCCAAAUUGCCCUAGACCAGAGCAAAGAUCAGCAUGUUGAAGAACAAAGAUCCAAAUACGUCUACAUACAAGAUAAUGUUGAGAGUAUCCUUAUAACAUUAAAGAGGAUGGAAAGAAGGUUCGAGAAGGCAAACUAUAAUAAAUAG